GCGUUGUGAGAGCUGGAAUUGAAACGUCUUUUCGGUGAUCUGGCCUGUAUGGCCUCGACAACUUAUACACCUUCAGAACGGAAACUGGAAAGGUAGUUGCGGCGUCUGAGCCCUUAUCGAUCAACUGUUGCGACGACGCUGCUUGGAGAGACCACGAAUUCACUCUGCCAGUACUCCAAAAGAGUGCAUUGAUCCCAAUGGCUCCGCCGGCGGGACACAAACCGCGAAGAAGGAAGAUCGAGGAAGGCUCACUGGCCCACGUCGACCAUGGUACGCUUGAUCUCGAUCAAAGCACAAAUUCUCGCAAGCCCGCUUUUCCCCUCGUCGCCUUUCUCUGGCCUGCAAAGGGCACCGUAUCGCAAUGGGUGACAAUACCCUUAAUACUGAUGGCCGUUGGCCUCUUUCGAUGGACCGUCAGCCUGUGGGGUUAUUCUGGGUACCAAACACCCCCAAAGUACGGAGAUUUUGAAGCUCAGCGACACUGGAUGGAGAUCACGAAACAUCUUCCCAUGUCGCAGUGGUAUUUCUACGAUCCGCAUUGGUGGAACUUGGACUACCCUCCUCUGACUGCGUACCAUAGUUGGGUACUGGGUAUGAUUGGCUCUGCCAUCGACCCAGAGUGGUUCGCUCUCGAUGCAUCGCGAGGUCUUGAAGAUCCCCCUCUGAAAGUUUACAUGCGCGCCACCGUCUUCGUUUCCGAAUACCUCAUUUACGUGCCAGCACUCGUCAUCUUCCUCCGCCGAUUCUCUCGACUCGAAGGCGUCAAUAUCUGGGAGUCAUCUAUUGCGCUGGUAGCUAUACUGAUGCAGCCUGCCACUAUCAUGAUCGACCAUGGACAUUUUCAGUACAACACGGUCAUGCUCGGCUUCGCCGUCGCGACUCUGUCGAGUAUGGUCGCUGGGAGGCCGCUGUGGAGCUGUGUCUUCUUUGUUGGAGCCCUUGGUUUCAAGCAAAUGGCACUCUUCUAUGCUCCUGCAGUAUUUGCAUACCUUGUAGGAAUCUGCCUUUUCCCUAGGAUUAACGUUGUUCGAUUCCUCGCCAUUGCAUUGGCCACAGUCGCAGCGUUCGCCGUACUGUAUCUGCCAUUACUUUCGGGUGUUGCUUACGAAGUAUACAACGGGGCGUCUUAUGAAAAAGUUCCGAUUCCUCCAAUCAUGGAAUCUUUGCCUAUUCACUGGGAUGCGGACGCCUGGUACUAUCCAGUGGUACUUCAAUUGACCCAGACCGUUCAUCGCAUCUUCCCGUUUGCUCGGGGAUUAUUCGAAGACAAGGUCGCCAACGUUUGGUGCACUAUUCACACCUUUCACAAGCUCCAUCGCUACCCGAUUGAGCUACUACAACGGUUGGCUCUGGUUGCUACCUCUGCUGCCAUCCUUCCGCCGUGUCUCAUCAUCUUUCUCAAACCGAAAAAACAGCUUUUGCCACUUGCUUUCGCCACAGUCUCUUGGGGUUUCUUUCUUUGCUCGUACCAGGUUCACGAAAAGAACGUCUUACUUCCUCUCAUGCCGAUGACCCUGCUCCUCAGCGGGAAAGAUGGCCUACUACCGUCGACCCGCGCUUGGGUAGGGCUUGCCAAUAUGCUCGGGGUCUGGACCUGUUUCCCGCUAUUGAAGAGAGUCGAACUGCAAAUUCCGUACUUUGUCAUCACUCUUUUAUGGGCGUUUCUGCUUGGUCUACCCCCUGUUUCGUUCUCUGCGUACCAAGAGGGUAGCCGCAGUAGCCUGAGUCUUUCCAGCAAGAUCCUUCAUCUAAGCAUCUACGCUAUCAUGGUUGGAUGGCACGUCGUUGAAGCUUUCUUCAAACCUCCAACGGACAAGCCGGAUCUAUGGACUGUCGUAAACAUGCUUACCGGCGCUGGUGGAUUUGGCAUUUGCUAUCUCUGGUGCUUGUGGCGGCUCUUAGUCAAGAGCGAGCUGCUUCAAAAGGCAAAAAGCAAGACGCAGUAAGAAGCUGCACAAAACUUAACGCUGCGUUAGAGAAAUUCUCAAGAUACCCAUGCUGGAUUUAGAGGGAAGAUUCAGGUCUCAUUUAUGUAUUUGUACACCCAAUAGAUUGCCCUGGCCGAUAUCUAAU